UGGGGUCCCACUAUGUUGCCCAGGCUGGCCUCCAACUCCUGAGCUCAAGCGAUCCUCCCCUGCCUUGGCUUCCCAAAGUGCUGGGAUCACAGGCGUGAGCCACUGUGCAGGCCUUAUAUGAUCUUAAGCCUCUUCAUACCCUGAACUAAAUGUAACUUUCCAGUUUCGGCACUUGUUCUGGCACUUUUCCUCCCUCGCUAGAUAAUACUAAUCUUUAAUCAUGUAGUUUGUUUCCAUGCCCAUACUACCCUAUCUGCUUAUAGUGUCUUCCACUUCGCCCAAGAAAUCCUACUCAGCUAGCUUGUGUUGUUUUGAGACACUCUCGUUCUGUCGCCCACGCUGGAGUACAGUGGCGAGAUCUCGGUUCGCUGCAACCUCUUCCUCCCGGGUUCAAGCGAUUCGCGGCCCUACUCAGCCUUUAAAACCGGAAUCACGGGUCAAAACUUUCUGGUAAACCACGAGACGGUUUAGGUUAUGAAAUUCAAUGCCCCCUUCCUCUGCAGUCCUGCAAAUCUCCAGUAAAGCACCACAGAUUGACGAAUAUUCCAGCCAUUUCCCUGUCCCCUCCGAUAGCUCCAUUUUCCACUUCUAUCCAUCUUCUCGAGCUUCCUCAGCUCCUCCACCUCCAUGAGGCCUGGAAAGCACCUGGUUCCAGGAAUGUGAGUCGGAGGCUCAGAGUGACCAGCGCCAAAAGCUGACGUUCAGAUACUGCUGAAACAAACCACAAGAGUGCUAAGGCUCCAGGUAAUAGUCCCGCUCCAGGUAAUAGUCCAGCUGGGAUGACGGUGUGAACUCGCAGGCCCGCCGGCGGUGCAUGCCGGGAGAUGCAGUCCCGGGCCGACGCAUUACCUCUUGGGAGUUGUAGUCUUCGAUCUGGUAAACAGAACACAGCAACUCUGAUGUCUUCCCCCACCGUCCCCCGAAAACCCUCGCCCCACCCGCGAGGGACUAGGGUAAGAGUAGGGGCGUUGCCGUGGUUGGCCUAGAACUCCUAGGCUCAGACGAUCCUCUCGCCUCGGCCUCCCGAGUUAGCUGGGACUACGCGCGUGAGCCACCGCGCCCGGCAUAAAGUCUGAAUUAGUCCUUACGCAAAAAGGGAAGAGGGCAGUCCGUAACCUCGCGCAGGCUCAAGCUCUCGAGUUCCAGUCUUGGGCUAGCGCGCAGGGCGGAAGGGGCAAGAAGGCGGAUCCGGAAGGCGGAGAUACGUUACGCCGACGCGGGCGUGACCCUGGGCGAGAGGGUUUGGCGCGAAUUCUGAAAGCCGCCGGCGGAGCGCGCCCAGCGACCAGAGACCGAGCCUUAAGGAGAGCGCGGCGCUUCCCGAGGCGUGCAGCUGGGAGCUGAAACUCGUCUGGGUUGUGCGCAGAAGGCUGGGGCAAGCGAGUAGACUUGAAGUGGGGCGUAAGCCAGGGGCGUUGGGGUCCGCGCGGGUCAGGCGCGUGUCACCCCCGCGGGGUGAAGUCGGAGCGCGCGGCCCGUUGGAAAGAGCAGCGCUGAGGGCCAAGUAAUGGCAAUGCAGAUGCAGCUUGAAGCAAAUGCAGAUACUUCAGUGGAAGAAGAAAGCUUUGGCCCACAACCCAUUUCACGGUUAGAGCAGUGUGGCAUAAAUGCCAACGAUGUGAAGAAAUUGGAAGAAGCUGGAUUCCAUACUGUGGAGGCUGUUGCCUAUGCACCAAAGAAGGAGCUAAUAAAUAUUAAGGGAAUUAGUGAAGCCAAAGCUGAUAAAAUUCUGGCUGAGGCAGCUAAAUUAGUUCCAAUGGGUUUCACCACUGCAACUGAAUUCCACCAAAGGCGGUCAGAGAUCAUACAGAUUACUACUGGCUCCAAAGAGCUUGACAAACUACUUCAAGGUGUACUUCCCAUUGACCGGGGUGGAGGUGAAGGAAAGGCCAUGUACAUUGACACCGAGGGUACCUUUAGGCCAGAACGACUGCUGGCAGUGGCUGAGAGGUAUGGUCUGUCUGGCAGUGAUGUCCUGGAUAAUGUAGCAUAUGCUCGAGCGUUCAACACAGACCAUCAGACCCAGCUCCUUUAUCAAGCAUCAGCCAUGAUGGUAGAAUCUAGGUAUGCACUGCUUAUUGUAGACAGUGCCACCGCCCUUUACAGAACAGACUACUCGGGUCGAGGUGAGCUUUCAGCCAGGCAGAUGCACUUGGCCAGGUUUCUGCGGAUGCUUCUGCGACUUGCUGAUGAGAUUGUAUCUGAGGAAAGGAAGAGGGGAAACCAGAAUCUGCAAAAUCUACGACUCUCCCUGUCUUCCUGA